AUGAAGAUCUCCAACCUCAUCACUGGCAUUGCCCUCCUCACCGCCCCGGCGGCGCUGGCGGCUCCAACCGAACAGCAGGACCAAGCCGCCGCUGCUCAGUCCAACUAUCAGGAUCUUUUGGAAUCUAUCUUUGACAACUUGCCGCUGGAUGCGGUCCCCGACGAUGGACCGGUACCGGAAUGGACUCCUGUUGAGGGUCUCAAUGGCCGUAUUCUCGGAUGGGUCAUCGUUGACGACGACCCGACUAUGGAAGACUAUUGCAGGAGAUAUCUCAAACAACACAGGGUCCAGCCUGGCAAUGUCGCCGCUUACACUUGGCCCUACUGCAAGGCGCUGAUUCAGCGCAUAGACCAGGGCACGGAGCCCAAGGUCAAGAUGGAGUACAUUCUUGCUUUCCCGAACAAUGCUUAUCUUCCUGCUCAGGGCAAGGCUCCUGCUCAGGGCAAGGCUUCUGUUCAGGGCAAGGCUCCUGUUCAGGACAAGGCCUCCGCCUAA